AUGUUUGUUCCACUUCAAGAACGAUACUCGCUCACCGCUCGCCUCGAGACCCACAUAACCGCCUACAGCGUCCACCUCAUCGUGGCGUUCAUCGCCCUACCGGCGCUCAUCUGGCACAUCUCGAGCGCGCACAUCCACGAUGACUACGGGAUGCCGGACGACUGGAUCUCGACCUUCGACAAGACACAUUUUACAGGUGGGAGAGGCUUCCUGUGGGCGUUCUUGUUUGUGGUGGUGCGUUUCGCUAUUCCGCCUGAAGAAGGUGAUGGAGUACUGAUGAGGCAGGUGUCGAUUGAUUGCGUGCGUGCGCUUCUCGCGCUGGAUCACUACCACGCACGGCGCUAUGAAAGAGGGUUCGGAGACGACGAAGUGGAAGAGCGAGGCCGUCGCGCAUCUGAAUUCACAUCCGCAUGCAACUCCACCUCCACCUCAACGUCGACUGCCACAAGCACAGCCUCCAUUCCCCUCCCUCCACACCCUCCACCCACCCACAUCCCUCCCAUCCUCAUACUCACUCUCCACACUGCAUAUAACGCCCUCCUCACCACCAUCCUUCUCGUUCAUGUAGUCAACUUCUUCCACGUCAUCGACACUAACUGGGAUUCCUGCGAGGCCUACGUGUCUCCCUACCCCGAGGCGUUUAUGGACCCGAUGAAUACGAGCAUGAGCGUGCUGGAGCGCUGUCAGCGGAUAUGCACGGAUAGCUAUGUCAGUGGGGGGUUUGAUGUUGCGCUGUGCGUAGGGCUUGUGGGAUGCCAUGUUUGGGAGGUGCUGUUUAGGGUGUGGGAGGGGUGCCUUUUUGGACUGGGAAUAAAAGACAGGAUGGUGUGUGAGGAAGAGAAGGGUGAGGAGAGGGUAGGCAGUGGAGAUGGGGUUCGAGAAAACCAGGACAAGAGUGUGGCCCUGAGUGAGGGUGGUGAGUGUCAGGCAAAGGAUGCGCUGAGUACGGCCAUCAGGUGUCGUGGCUGGAGUGCAGAGGUCAGACGGAAUAGGCUCGGGAGUAGCGUGAAGGAGGGCAGUUUGGUGACGAGGAAGCGGGACCGCUCGUACUCGGUUGAGAGCGCGUGGUGGAGCGAGGUGUUGCUCGAGUGUCUUGUUCCGUGAGGGGGUGUUGAAUUUUUUUUCGUAUAGGGCGG